AUGCCACGAAUGCUAUCCAGCCCCGAAAGGCGUAGAAUAUCACAGAACAAGGUUAUUGAUCUUAACUGUCAAGCUCUUAUCACUUUCCCCGAUAUGUACACAAACGCUUGCUGCAGCCAUCCUUUAUAUGAUAUAGAGGCGGAACGUGUGGCGACAAAUGCACUAGGAAUACGUAAAGCGGCCCAAAGGAGAUUAAAUUAUGAACUGGGCAUUCCUAUGGAACAAAUUAGACCAGAACAUUUUCAUUAUUUAACACGAAUCCAUUACAAGCAUACGGGCGAUAGUGUGUGGGGUGAACACGAAAUCCACUAUAUUUUAUUUCUGCAGCAAGAUGUAGAUUUAAAUCCCAAUUUGAAUGAGGUCAGCGAAAUACGUUACAUUAAGCGAAACAACAUCGAUGAGGAAAUUAGAAAGCUACAAGCACCUUUGACUCCGUGGUUUGAACUGAUAUUAAAAGAACGCUUAAAGAUCUGGUGGGAUAAUUUAAAAAAUCUAAAUAAAUUCGAAGAGCAUCAUGUUAUUCAACGUUUUUUGUAAAACGCAAAAAGGAAUAAAAAAGAAAAUAUGUAUAUAUAUAUAUAUAUGGCAU